AUUGCAUUCUGGGUCGUUAAUGGCGCGCACCGAAUUCAAGCAGUUCAAACUUGCUGCUAUCGUCGAGGAUAAUUUCAAUGUAAUUUUCUAAAUAUACCUAUAUCAAAAGUGUUUGACAAUUACAUAAAAGGGAUCUUCCUUGGAGAUUGAUAAAUACCCGGUCUGACGGCGAAGAUACCAGUUCUUAUUUAGCUUCAGGCGGCCUGUUUGGUAACAAGACGCAGACUGGGUUUGGCUCUGGCUUUGGAACCACACAGACCACUGGGACUGGCCUCUUUGGUGCUGCGGGCACCAAUACAGCGACUGGACUGUUUGGUGGUGGCACUGUGACUGGCAGUAUGUUUGGCCAGCCAGCCUCAGCAGUGUCCACUGGAUUUGGCGGGUUUGGCUCAACGGCAGGCACAAACACUGGGGGACUGUUUGGUAACACUGCAGCGUCUGGCACCACCACAGGAACUGGUCUGUUUGGUCAGACGCAGGGAGCGGCUUUUGGUGGUACCUCUACCUCUGGUUUUGGUACUUCAGGGAGUCUCUUCAGUGCUCCACCCACAAGCACAACUGGUAGAAGUCUGUUUGGAGGAACUACAGGUGCCACUCAGAGCUCUUUAUUUGGGGGUACUGGUACUGGAGCAACCACAGCAUUUGGAGGUUUUGGUGCAGCAUCAACUGCUACAGGACAAGCGGGGACGCCUAUUAAAUUUUCUGUCAUUCGAGGGACAGACCAAGUGGUCAAGAAUGGACUUACAACUAAUGUGAACACACAGCAUCAGAGCAUCACUGUGAUGAAGGAAUAUGAGACCAAAAGCUUUGAGGAAUUGCGCUUUGAGGACUAUACUCUGGGCCGUAAGAGUGGCGCGACUGGGGCCACUGCAUCGACAGGAGGCCUGUUCUCUGCCACUCCAGCGACAUCAGCAUCUACUGGCGGUUUGUUUGGAACCACUGCCACUAGCACUGGUUUUGGGGGGACUUCAGCGUUUGGACAGAGCAAGACUGGAUUUGGAACAGCAAGUGAUGGACUAUUUGGACAGACAGCAACUUCUCAGACAGGUGGCCUCUUUGGGGGUACUACGACUACUCAGGCGGGCGGGCUGUUUGGUGGUGGUGCAACUGGAUUUGGGGCGGCCACAGGCACCACUGGUACUGGACUGUUUGGGCAAAGUACUGGCUUUGGGCAGACCAGCCAACAGUCCAGCCUUUUUGGUAACAAGCUUGCAACCUCAACAACUGGCUUUGGGGCGACCAACACUGGCGGUCUGCUGGGGCUGUCAGCACAGAAGCCUGCGACUGGCUUUGGUACAACAGGCCUUGGCACUGGUACAUUUGGGGCAGGAACAACUGGCACACAAGGCUUGUUUGGCAACACCGCUACCGCCUUUGGCAAGCCAGCCACUGGUCUCGGCACUACUGGUUUCGGUGGUACUGGUACUGGCUUAUUUGGUAGUACUACCGGCCUUGGAACUACAACUACAGGCCUAGGAAGUGGCCUGGGGGGCUCAAUGUUAGGUAACACCCUCGGACAACCAGCAACUGGCCUCAACCUUGGUGGGGUUACCAACAAUCUGAAUAUCGCCACAAGUAACCAGGCAAGUUUGUUAUUAGCACAGCAGCAGCUCCAGCAGCAUAUCAUGGCCCUCAACAACUCUCCUUUUGGUGACUCUAAGCUUUUCAGGAAUUCUUUGACGGAAAAGGCAAAGGCUGAUAGGGUUGCCAAUACAACCACUGUUAACUCCCAAAGAUUAGGGUCACCCUCACAUUAUAAGGUUUCUGCAAAACUAACUGCCAAAAUAAAGCCACGGCCAAUCAGUAACCAUUCCAUGAAUAAGUCACAGAUGUUUGAUGGAUUGGAGGAGUCAGGGGUGAGUCCCGACACAUUUGUGCCGCGCAAGAGCAUCAAGAAGCUUGUCAUUAGGAACAGAAACACCCCAGAGCAGAUGUCUGGCUCAGCUGAUAAUAUCAGGCUUCGUGUUGCCAACGACGAUGAGGAAGACCUGGUUGCGCCAGUGUCACCCUACCCUCCGUCAUCCCACAGCAGCAGAGCAAUUCAGACGCCCCCGGGACCCAUGACUGACCUGAACGACUCGCGGGGGUCUGAGCACACCACGCCUAUCGGUGUCCGAUUCUCAUGUAAUGCUGGGCAGCCUCUAAAUGACACCCUAGAGGAUCUAAACGCCCGGCGGCGGGACAGGAGGGUGGAGGCUGAGGGUGCUGCUGACGGUGGAGAUGAAGCUGAUGGUGAACCAGCGCUAGAGCCGUGCGGUAUCAUCCUCACGAGGCCUGAGUACUACACAGUUCCAUCUAUUGAGCAGCUGAAUGAUAUGGUGGAUGCCAAUGGGGAGGUGUGGGUUGAUGACUUUGUCGUCGGGAGAGAGGGAUAUGGCGAAGUGAAGUUCCCUGGAAAAACCAAUGUUGCUGAUCUCAAUCUGGAUGAGAUUGUUUUCUUCAGGCGGCGUGAGAUAGAGGUCUACCCAGAUACCUAUCCAAACAAGCCCGAAGUUGGAGAAGAGUUGAACAAGAAGGCAGAAAUUACGCUGAUCAAGGUCUGGCCAAAUGACAAGACCACUCACAAACCCAUCAAGACCCCCGAGAGACCGAAGCAGCAGGGUUGGUUAGAGAGAGCCGAGGCAGCUACAGCUAAACUUGGUGCUACCUUUAUAGAUUACCAGCCACACACUGGAAGCUGGGUAUUCAUGGUGGAACAUUUCACACGGUAUGGCAUCCACGAGUUCCUGGACGAUGAGAAUAUUCAAAAGAGGUUAAAACGUCCACCUAUUGACACAAAUCUGAAGGACAUAGAUGCUGACAAAGAAAAGCUUGCUAUGCUGGAGAAGCUAAGAGCAGCUCAAGAGAAGCAGGAAGCCUACGAGAGAGAGAAAGCACAAAGAGACGAGAUAGCCACAGAGCAAGCCACAGCUUCUGCGUCAGAGAACAUGCAACAGGACGAAGAGAGUGAAGACAUGGAGGACAUUGACCAGCAGACUUUUCCUGAUGAGAUUUAUGAAGACAAAGAAGAGGGUGGAUAUGAUUCCCCUGCAAGCCAUCUUAUAGCAUCAUCCCUUGGCAUCAGUGCUCAUCGCACCCAGCUCAUGAAAGCCUCAAUCUUUGGUGAAUCUGAGGCUGCUCCACGCUCUCCCAAGCUCAAGGAGCGACCAGGUGACCACUCCUUUGCCAUGGAUGAUGACACCCAAAGGAUUGCAUUUCCUGGAAUAUUUAGGCACAGUGCAGCACAGUCGCCUAAGUUUCACAGGAUGUUGGAUGCACCAGGCAGUGGACCAGCUUUGUUUGGAAGCCCAAGAAUAGGCACCCUACCUCCCAAGUUCCCCAUGGCUCAUGACUUCACCAGUGCUGCACCUUCUUCACCAAUGAUGUGCCCAAAUGCAGUAGGAAGUGCCAUUGACAUGGGAACCAAGCUUGUUGGGGCCAGAGCCCACCAGAGGGAUCUAGUCCCCAAAGAUGACUCCAUUGUGGACGGCAAGGAGAACCUUAUUGCAGACAUGGGGCUUGUGAUGGGCAGGUCUUUUCGUGUGGGAUGGGGGCCAGGGUUCACUCUAGUCCACAGUGGAAGUCCUCUCGGCACACAGACCAAGAAACCAGCAUCCAUGAUGCAUUCAUCUGUCACCGGAGAUGCAUUAUUUUCGCGAUCAAGACUCCUGACAGAGUCCACAGGAGGGCAGUCACCCUUUGGUGUGGUAGUAGAGAGGUUAAAUAUUGCUCCUGAUUUAAAACCAGACUCCCCUAGUAUGUUGAAGCAGCACCUGCAAGCAUUAGAAGUGGAGUUAGAGCACUGCACCUCAUCCCAGGCAAGUGAUGGUUGCCCAUUCUUUGAGCCAACACCUGGUACCAAAGCUCUCCACCAACAUGCUGAUGUGGCGAAAAAGAACCAAGAAACCCAAGGGUCAAGUUCUAGUCGUGAUGUGGCAUUCCAGCACAGCCUGGUAUGGGAUCUGGUGGUAGCACUGUGGGGUGACCUAGGUGAUAAGGAUACAGCAAGCCAAGGUACUUAUGAGCACCAGGUGGCAAGACGGAAUGCACUCUCUCACUGGCUGGCUGAGGCUGCCAAAGAUCGAGUAAAAGUAGAAGUCGACAAGGCUAACUUUGAGGAUGGUGACUACCUCAAUGCCAUCUUUAGCCACCUAACUGGUCAGCAGAUCAGUAAGGCAUCUCGACUAGCCCAGCGGCAUGGUGACUACCGCUUGUCAUUGCUCCUCUCACAAGCUACCAGUAGUUCCGCCAUCCGAUACCUUCUCCAGAAGCAGCUAAGCGACUGGGAACAGGUCAAGGCUGAUAGCUACAUGACAGAGCUGCGCAUCAAGGUCUAUGCCCUGCUGGCAGGCUGCAUGGUGUGGCGCACUUCUGAUGAUUUCCUCAACACAUGCGAAGAUCUGGACUGGAAAAGAGUCCUCGCUGUGCACAUGUGGUAUCACAACUCUCAGACGUCAUCUAUAAGUGAAAUACUCUCUGGGUACGAGGAUGCAUUUAAGGGCAGGACAAGCUACGGCAAGUAUGGAAAGCCACCACACCCUCCGUACAGGGAAAUAGAUGAGGACUCAGAAUCUGAGGAGGAAGAGGAGAGUGGAGGUGGUGUCUCUAUCCGCGACACAUGCUACCAUCUGCUCAAGCUGUUCUGUAAACGAUCACAUCGCCUGGAGAGGACCCUGGCGCCUGCCUCCUACACCCCACACCAGUUAGACUACAGGUUAAGCUGGCACUUGUACCAAGCGCUCCAGUCUCUGGAAUACUCUCAUCUUUCACAGUACCAUGCCGGCAUGUUACACAGUGGUUUCGCAUCUCAACUUGAACAACUAGGAAUGUGGGAAUGGGCAGCAUUUGUUUUACUUCACAUCACUGAUAAAGAGAGGCGUGAGCAUUCUGUGCGUAGGUUGCUGUUCCGUCACUGUCAGCUCUCCCCGUCUGAUGAGCACCAGAGAAAGGAGCAGUUCCUAAGGGAGAAGCUUCUUAUCCCACCAGAGUGGAUUCAUGAGGCGAAGGCAAUACGUGCUCAGCAUGACUCUAUGCCAAGCGAGGAAGCCCUGCAUCUGCUCAAAUCUAGCCACUGGAACAGGAGUCACAAUGUUUUAAUCUCAAGUCUUGCUAGUGAUGCCAUUAUUAAUGACGAUUAUGACACUCUUAAGGCAUUAUUAGCGGAAAUGGCUCCAAGGGAGAGAUCUUCCAACAUUAUGGGCUGGGAGACUGGAGGACAGGUGUUACUUGACUUUCUGAAUAUCAAUGAAAAGUUCCAAGAUCUUUCCAAAGGAUCAUGUGAACCGUCCAAAAGAGAAUUUGAAGAGAUUCAUUCACAGGUUGCAUCACUCUGUAACCGCAUUAACAACCUUCCAUGUGCAACAGCAAAAGACAGACUUUGCCAAUAUGAGCUGGCCAAACAGUGUGCAAGUUAUCUCAAAUUGACAACAAGUGAAUUGAGUGACCAUUGCCAAGAUGAAGAUGCUCCCCUCCCCACCCAAAUGAUAGUACCACACAUCAGUAAACUGCCACUGCCUGAAGACUGUGCACUUGCAGAGUUAGCAGAGCUUACAGAAAAUUAUGUUAGAGAAACAACAAGAGUAUGAUGCCAAGCUAUGUGUAGAUAGGAGUAAAGUAAUUAAGUUCUGCCACAAGACAGCAGGUCAAAAAAAGGCACGCAAAUAACUUCACAGUGUUAAUGAUGGGGUCUCGCAAAUGUCCACUCAUUGUUUUUUGAAUAAAGAGCAUUACAUUUGACAUAGCUGUUGUAAGUAAUACUUACACACAAAAUAAGUUAUUUUCAUACACAAACUGACAGACAGGAUAGAUUAUACAGUACAUGAAAUAUUAAUAAAUUUGAAGGGAGCUCUA